AUGCUCAUGAACAGCGUUCGGGGCGUGCCGGCCGUGAGGUCGCAUUCGGCGGACUUCUGCUGCUCCCAGUGCGGAGUCAACUGCUAUGACCCCGUCGUGGUCACGACCACCGAGGCCUUGCAGGAUGCGGGGCACUUGUGUCGCGAGCAGCACUGCGGAAGCUGCGAUGCCGAGGCGCCUCGCGUGGUGGUCCGGCGCCACUACAACACGGUGGUCAGGACUGCUCAGCUGUGCUGGCUGCAACAGAACCUGAAGAAGAAGCCCGGGGCUCCCGUUUUUGUGCGAACUCGACGCAGCCCGGCGAUGGAAGAGCGAGUGUUGGCCGUAAGUUUGUCUGCGAUCCUGGCGCUUGCUCGAGAGAUUUGCUUUUCAGUCCCUACUCUAGCCGGCCUUCUGAUCUACGUCCCUCUUCAUCAGAAGCCCAACGCUCACCACGAGUGCUUCGACGGCGGCGACUACGACCACGAAAUGUGGUCCGGCGCGCACAAGAGGUGGUGCUGCUACAAGUACAAGGAGGACUCACGCACAUGUCGUCGCGCGUGA